AUGUCUGCGGAGAGGAAACGUCUCCGAGAUCGUCGCUCGCAACAAACUCUCCGUGAUAAGAAAUUAAAGUACACGACCAAGCUUGAGGAGCAGGUAGCCUACUGUGAGCAACACCAUACCGACCACGCAGUCCAGCGACUUCUCCAGGUGAUUACUGGCCUUCGCAAAGAGAAUGAAUCUCUCCAACAACGACAGAGAUCUUUGAAAUCACUGGUGGAGUCAUGGGAGACGAACCCGCAGAUAGAAACAGGACAUGCAUUUCACGACGGGCCAUCCCUGCGCAGAGGCCUGGACACCAAUGGACCUGACUUUCCGCCUCAAACGGCCUUGAAUGGCCCGACAGCUUCAAAUGGAAUCUUUGAUCCUAGAAAUGCAUCAAAAUCUCCAAUCCAGAUACAGUCAUCAUUAGAACUACCUUCGACUAUGACCACGCCUCUCUGGUGUCAAAUUCCACCUCACACGGAUGAUUUCUCCGACCCUUCCAAAUUGAUAUCCUGUCCUUGGCUCUUAUACCCAGAGCAAGUGACACCAUGUCCAGAUACUCCUAGCUCGCCACUGGACAUCCUAUACGGUACAAAAACAAACCUCCUCGCCGACAUGAUCCAUACCUCCCUGCAGCGACGACCAAUUCGAGACCCAGAGCGCCUGGCCCUUGGCAUGUUGAGUUACCAUAUGUCAAGAUGGUUUCUGAAUCCCUGCCCGGCAACGUAUGACCGUCUUCCUCUGUUCCUAAGGCCUGUCCAGGGUCAGAUGGAGCUCCCCCAUCCUCUCGUCUUGGAUUUUCUGCCCUGGCCUAGAAUGAGAUUAAACAUCAUUCGUAGGUGGCAUGUCUAUUCGGAGAAUCGGGACGAUCUGUUCGGCAUGUUUGCUUGUUGUGUGAAGAUUCGCUGGCCUUGGGGUGAGGAUAUACUUGAGAGGGAUGAUCGGAAUGAGUUGUGUAUUAAACAGAGAUUCUUUGAUCUUUUCAUGAGACAGGAAGGCUGGGGUCUUACUCCGGAAUUUACUACGAAAUAUCCCGAUUUGAUGGAGGGGAUGGAUCUUCGUGAAAUUCUAUUCGAGCUUCUGUGA